UGGGUUCCUACCUCACAGCGCUCACCCAGGACACAGGACCAGAGUCUGCACCUACUCCAGGGCAGUUCCAACCCCUGAUUCCCAGGCCCUGGGUUGAGGGGUGCUGGCCAUGGGGAGGCAGGGACAGUAGGCUCCCUACCCCCGCCGCCGCCGCCUCUUCUUCCACCACUGCCACCGCCUCCUCUUCAUCUGCGGCCCACCGGCGGCGGCCGCCCCGAAGCCCCGCCCCCUCCAUCGCCUCCUGCAUCAUCACUUCCGGUAACCCCGCCGGCCGCCAGCUCCAGGAGGGAGAAUGGGAGAGGGGCGAAGAGGGAAAGAGUGGAAGAUUGCGUCAGGACGCACGCAAAGACGUACGAAGCCGUCGCCAAAUGACAACAGCAACACGACAAGAAGUCCUCGGCCUCUACCGCAGCAUUUUCAGGCUUGCAAGGAAAUGGCAGGCGACAUCAGGGCAGAUGGAAGACACCAUCAAAGAAAAACAGUACAUACUAAAUGAAGCCAGAACGCUGUUCCGGAAAAACAGAAAUCUUACGGACACAGACCUAAUUAAACAGUGUAUAGAUGAAUGCACAGCCAGGAUUGAAAUUGGACUGCAUUAUAAGAUUCCUUAUCCAAGGCCAAUUCAUCUGCCUCCAAUGGGCCUCAACCCGCUCCGAGGCCGGGGACUUCGAAGCCAAGAGAAACUGAGGAAACUCUCCAAACCAGUAUAUCUCAGAUCUCAUGAUGAAGUUUCCUAAUCUAGAAGAAAGUUUAUUUCUGCAAAUGAUGAGCCAACUAGUUCUUGAAUGGAAACCAGAUGGCAAAAUACUUCUUUUUUUUUUUUAAAUAAAAAGAUGGGGUUUCACCAUGUUGGUCAGGCUGGUCUUGAACUCCCGACCUCAGGUGAUCCACCCUCCUUGGCCUCCAAAGUGCUUGGAUUACAGGCGUGAGCCACUGUGCCCGGCCCAAAAUACUUCUUGAUUAGGGGCAAAAAUUCAAAUAUUUUCUUAAAACCUCCACAAUUGAUUCUCAACUCAUCAUGUGCACUUAGGAUAUCCCUAGAAUUUCUCAGCGUCUUUCUUCCUGAGUGGAUGGCAUUAUCCCUAGAGGUCAUGGACCUUACAUCCUCACUACAAUCACCUUUGGAAACAAGACUAAGGCCUGUGGGAAGAAGGCAGAAGGGUUCAAGAGCUUUUCAUGGGAAUGCCGUUCACCACACAUGCGAGCUAAUGCAAAGAAAUUUUCCAGUCACUGAAAGUUACUGUGGGCCACUAUAAAACUAUGUACCACUCUCAGAAUAUUCUUAGGCUUUUUUUUCAAGUUACAGAUUUACUUAAAAGUGAGGUGUUUCGUGUGUGUUUUUUGUUGUCUUUUAACCCUUCCAAUUUCUAGAUAAACUCGUCAUAAAAAGUGCAUCAUUGGAUUGACCAUGAUUUUUCAAGGAAAUUUUAUGAGAUUUCUGCCUUAACUAAAUGCAUAUAUUCCUUAUCUUAAAGCCUGUCAUCACUUAGGAUGCACUUAUAGGAUCUGAAAAUCUCACUUUAAACUCACAUUGCAUUCAUUACCAGUAUUUUACAUUAACAUUAUUGAAAAGUACAACAUCCAAGCCAGAUUUCAAAUUAUGUCUAAACAGAAAUGGGACAAGUAGACUGGAAAAUAUAAGGGAUUUAUUACAGCCCUUCGAGGGUAGAGUUAGGUGGUGAGUCAUUUGUACAUCAGUGUCAUUUCUAAUCUUCAAAGAAGAUGGGCAUCACCAAUAAACACAAAGCAUUAUCA